GCCGCAGUGUCGGGCCCGAGCCUCACCCUGAGGAGCCGGGAGCUGCAGGCCCAGGAGCGGGGGCUUUCUCAGCCCGAGCCGAGCGGAUCCCAGCAGGAGGCCCGGCACCGGCAUCGGAACCGGGGGGAGGGUAAUAUUUUCCUGAUGGCCCAAUGGAGCAUCCUUGCACUCCUGCUUUUGGUCCCAAAGGUCUUCCAUUGUGGAGCUGAAGAUGAAGGAAGCUCAAGUCUUCAAUGCAUAUGUGAGGGCAGUACCUGUGGAAUAAAGACUGAAUGCAGUGGUCUACGGUGUUUUGCUUCAGUGACACAAAAUGGAGAUAUUUCGGUGUACCAGAAAGGUUGCUUUGAUUCACUUGAAAAAGUUGAAAUGUUAUGCAAGAUCUUACCCUCAGAACGUUCUGUUGUGCGGUGCUGCAAUGAAAGCCUGUGCAACAGGAAUAUCACAGCAAUGCCUCUUCUUUCUCAAGCACCAAAGGAAGAACCAAUCGACUACAGUGUGGAGACAUUAAUCAUUUUUGUAGUUAGUCCAGUUAUAGUGCUGGUAGUUUUGUCUGUGGUCGCUGUCUUGAUUUGCCGCAAAAUUCACCAGAACAGGAUGCAACGGUUACAUGCCCAUGAUGCUGAAAAUGGAGCAAUUGAUGGCCUUAUAGCUUCCAAUGUGGGAGAUAGUACACUUGCGGAUUUGCUUGAUCACUCUCGUACAUCAGGCAGUGGAUCGGGUUUGCCGUUUUUAGUACAACGCACAGUUGCCAGACAAAUUACUUUGAUGGAGUGUGUAGGAAAGGGUCGCUAUGGAGAAGUUUGGAGAGGCCAGUGGCAAGGAGAAAAUGUUGCGGUAAAAAUCUUCUCAUCUAGAGAUGAGAAAUCUUGGUUUAGAGAGACUGAAAUUUAUAAUACUGUUCUUCUUCGCCACGAGAAUAUAUUAGGUUUCAUUGCUUCUGACAUGACAUCAAGGAAUUCUAGCACCCAGCUUUGGCUAAUCACACACUAUCAUGAGAACGGUUCCCUGUAUGACUACUUACAGCGAAAUGCAGUGGACACUGUAGUUUGCCUGAAUUUUGCCUUAUCUAUAGCCAAUGGUCUGGUGCAUAUCCACAAUGAAAUUUUUGGAACUGAGGGAAAGCCUGCAAUUGCUCACAGAGACCUGAAAAGCAAAAAUAUCUUAGUCAAAAAGAACUUGCAUUGUUGCAUUGCUGAUCUCGGGUUAGCAGUGAUGCAUUCUCAAACCAACAAUCAGUUAGAUGUUGGGAAUAAUCCUAAAGUGGGUACCAAACGGUAUAUGGCUCCAGAAGUACUUGAAGAAUCUAUUCAAGUUGACUGUUUUGAUGCAUACAAACGCGUGGAUAUCUGGGCAUUUGGACUUGUAUUGUGGGAAGUAACUAGGAGGACAUUCAGUAAUGGAAUCGCUGAAGAGUAUAAACCUCCGUUCUAUGAUCUCGUACCGAAUGACCCUAGUUUUGAAGAUAUGCGAAAAAUUGUAUGUGUGGAACAGCAAAGACCAAAUAUUCCCAACAGAUGGUUUUCGGAUCCUACUCUGUCUGCUCUCGCCAAGCUGAUGAAGGAGUGUUGGUACCAAAAUCCCUCUGCACGGCUCACUGCAUUGCGCAUCAAAAAAACUUUAGGAAAAAUAAGCAAUUCACUAGAGAAAGUGAAAAUGGACUGCUGAACGGAAAAUGAGCACUCGUUUUACCACUGUUCAACAAGUAUAACUGGAUCUGCAGCAGAGCAGGCGAUGCAGAUUUCAAACUGCCCAUUUUUCUGUUUUUGCAGUCGACACUUGGACAUUGUCGAGAAGUGGCAACAAGGAUGCUAUGGUUUGCAAUGGCAGAUGGAUCAUUGUCUUUAACCAAACCAAUCACUCAACAAUGGCUGCUGCUCUUGAUGCGAAUUAAAUCAGGCUGCAGUUUCAUGUUCACUGGGUGCUCACUAAAUUUCAGUUCUAUUUGGAAGGGGAAGUUUUGCACUAAAUUUUGUGUUUUUUUUAUUUUUGCAUUGCUGUAUAUUAUCAAGUAUGUUGCAAUAGCCCUGACCUGUGUAUUGAUCUUCAGCCUGUAAAAUAGCAUGAGGUUUUUCAUUCGAUGAGAUAAAGUUUAGUUGUUUUGUUACAGGAGAUACUUGAGCCAUUCAAUGGUUAUUGUAUUUGAAUAUAAAAGUGGUCCUAUCUUUUAUGUGAAAGUAGGACAUAUUCACCAACUGCUAAUGGUGGUGCCUUUGCAUUUAUGGGCUACAGUUAACUUGCUUAAGAUUCAGUUAAACAAUUAUCUUAAGUACUUUCCACAGUAUGUGUAUCUGUUAAAACUGUUUGUUCAGAUUGUAUGCCUUGACUUUAUUGUUGUACCCAAGGUCUAAAGUUAUUUUUUAUACCAUAUUUUGUCAUGUUAGGAAAUAACAUUCUUGUCAUUUUGAUUUACUGUUUUGAACUUGAAGAGUUCCUAGGAGAAAGAAGCAUAGGAAACAAAAGUCUUUGUUGUAGCUAACCACAUUUGAAAAAGUAUACAGUUUCUCUAAACAUGCAAAUGCCCUGCUAUUUAACUUCAUCAUGGGCAAAACACUAUUCUGUGAUCUUUGUAUUUUCCUCGAAAGUUGAUUGUGCUGAGUAGAGGAAAUAACAAAAUUACUGAUUUGUAUCAUGUGUAAAAAGUCAAAACACUAAAAACACUACAGGAAUGAACAAAAGAAACCAACAUUAAUUAUUUGCCAAAACACUCACUGAGAAAUAAGGAAAUUAGUCACAAAAGUGUUUAAAAAGAAAAUUGUGAUCUCCAAUGCAGAGAACUGUUUCCCUGAAAUACUGUAACACUAACUAUAUGUGAGUCUUUAAUGUAAAUGUAUGAAGCCUGCUUUGUUGCCUUUUGUUAUUGUUUUAAUUUGUGCAAUAGGCGUAACAGAGCACUCAGUUUAUUAUGUAGUUUUAAACAAAAGGGCUUAUUGCAUUAUUUUAUAAGUGAAAGUAUGUUGCAUUUGUAGACAAGAUUUUAAUUAUUUCAUUUGGGACAUCUGAUCAGCUUUACCAUUUGGUGAAUUAUGCAAUGAAUAGCUAUACCAUUCUUACGCUGUAAUACUUCCCAGUACUUCAGUGUAGUUCAGUUUCUGAAACAGCAAUAAUUGAAUAUUGAAACUUAGUAUUCCUGCAAUUGUUUACGCACAGCAAAAGCAUUAUGUUAACCUAUGACUGCAGUGACACAAUUAGUCUUUCACUACACUCAACUUGGUUGCAGUAUCUAUUUAACAGUAACUCCUUAAAGCAACAGAUAUUUAUGAAUGAGCAAUAUUAAAGCUACUAUGUCACUUACAUUUUUAGCAGUUUUGCAUUAUAUGAUGAAACAAUUAUGAUUUAAAUUUUCGUGUUCAUCUAUGGAGAAUAUUGUUUUAGCCUUAAUCCUUAGAAGACUGGUGCAAUUUUUCACUGUUUAAAAAUACAUCAAUUUCAAAGUUUUUCAUUUAAUUCAGAAAAAAAACUAAUAAAGGAAUGUCCUGUGUGUUCUUCA